GAGUAAACGGUCUGUGCAGUCAACGCUUGUUCUCACUCUUUUAUUUUUAACAUGCCUCACACCCCUCCACCAAAUAAGAAACUGAGCCGAGCAACAAGUCUAGACUCUCCGCCAGAGAAAACUAUAUUCAGAAUUGACACAGUUGACCUUGAUCUUCCUUCCACAAAUAAUGGAUCAACUUCAAUGGCAGCAGAUGAUCAGAGUCAGGAUGAAGAACACUCUGCUCAUUCAGUUCUUUUUCCUUCUAUGCGUCUGAUGUUAGCUGCUAUGCUUUGCUGUUGUUUUAUCACUUUAUCAAUUUCUUCAUCUAAUCUAGCAGUUGCACUUAUAUGUAUGACCUCAUGCCCUGUACACGGAUACGGUGGUACACUAGAAUGGCAAUCUCAACAAGAGGGUUUAGUUUUGGCUGCUCAAAAUGCUGGAAGUUUGAUAAUGAUUGUAACCGGAAUGUGGGCAGAUAGAUUGAAUGGAAAAUGGAUGGUAUUUAUUGGACUUUUGCUAUGUUGUAUUGGAAAUCUAAUGCUCCCACUAUUAGCAUCCAAAUCAUUCUGGUUCGCGGUGUUAGCAAGAAUUUCUAUCGGCGCCAGUGAUGCGUGUCUAAUGCCGGCUGUCAAUUCACUUAUCACACGAUGGUUCCCACAAGCCGAAAGACCAGCAGCAAUUGGUCUUAUUUCGGGAGGACGUCAAAUCGGAACUCUUUUUAUUCUACCGACAGCAGGAUACUUAUGUACUCGUAAAGAUAUUCUUGAUGGAUGGCCUGCAAUUUUUUAUCUUUCUGCAACAAUUUCGGUACUCGUAACUGUAUUCUGGAUACCGUUUGGAGCUGACAAGCCAGCAAAACAGAUUUGCAUUUCAAGCAGAGAAAAAGAAUUUAUCGAAACCCGAAUAGCAUGUGAAUCUAUUGGAAAACGAACAGAUCGUACCCGCAGAGUCCCUUAUGGUGCCAUGCUCCAUUCAAAACCUCUAUGGGCAUGCAUAUUCGCAUUAAUCUGCCACGAGUACCCUUUAGUUAUCAUGCUUCAAUUUUUGCCAAAUUACAUGAGAGAUGUUCUAGAAUUCGCACCAACAAAAAACGGAAUCAUAGCCGCACUUCCGAUUUUGUGUCUAUUUCUCUCCAAAACAUUUUCAUCGUCCUUGUCCUCUUAUCUGACUACAAAACUUCGUCUUGAUAAAACGUUCGUUUGCAAGGGAUUCAAUGCAGUUGCUUCUGCUGGACUAGCGAUUUGCAUAUCUUUCGUUCCAUUUUUCAAUAAAGAGAGCGCAUUUCUUGCAGUUUUCUGCCUUUGUGGUGCUAUGAUCUUUGCUGGAUUGCACACCCCAGGAGUGAUAACUGCUAUGGUGCAAAUUGCGCCAGCAUUUUCUGGAAUCAUUACAGGCUGGUCCUUUUUCGCAGUCGCCUGGUUUUCGAUUGGCAAUAAAAUUCUCACAAAAUACAUUGUCCAAUCAGGGUCUGUAACAGAAUGGGGAAUGGUAUUCCGAGUUUCUGCACUAGUUGCUGCUCUUCCCGUAAUUGUUUUUACUAUUUGGGGCUCGGCGGAUCGAGAGUGGUGGGCUGCACCGUCUUCAAAAUGUUCUGUUGCAUCUUUUCAUCGCCCAUCAAUUAGAGACAGAAGCCGAGAGAUGUCCCGAGCUACAUCAUCAACGUCACUCGGACAACAGUCACGUGUAUCAUCAACAAGAUAAUUUAUUGUUUUAAAUGCGUACCCGUUCAUUUUGUUGUGAUUGAACGCGUUGGCGAGUGUUCAUUUUGUUGGCUUGUAGCGCCCGUGUUCAAAUUGUCCCAUGUAUUGAUUUUCUGAAAAAGAUCUCCGAUAAAUGUAUUUCAUAU